GCAGCGGUAUGGAAAUCAGGAGGUUGUGCUUCGGCUCGUCGCUUCCUGACCGAAAAACUGGAGCCGUUAUUUGGACUGGAGGAGGAGAAGGGAGCAUGUGUGGAUUGUCGCCGGAGUUAGCCAGCUAGCAUUAGCCACUUCACCACCGGGAAUACCAAUGCACACGACAGCUAGCUACCGUUUCCUAACUAGUCAACUAUUUAUCUAGCAUUUCUCCUUCGAAGAAGAAGAAGCUGGAUACCUUGGAAGAAAGUUAAUUAUUGAGUUGUUGACAAACGGCAGCACCAUACAUUCACGUCUGGUUUUGUGUAAAUGAACUUAACAUUUGAAUGUGGAUAAAGGCUACAUUUUGUUUUCAUUGCCAGUUCGGUUGGUAAGGAAGGAAGAGGAAGACUUCUGUCUGCCGCGUGCAAACAAUGCUUCACUGCGAUGCCUCGCUGCUUCAUUUUAUGCGGCUAGUUGCCUGUCGGAAUUCCCAAACCGUUUCGUUUCGUCUUCUGGGAUUUUAAGGAGAUAAGAGGGAAAUGCUUGGACUAACGAUAGUCCUUUUCUACCCGGGAAAGGAGCAUCUGAGUUUUCCAGCCGUCAGCAAAAGGAGCCGUGCCCGCACAGAAAAGUGAAGCCCCGUUUGGAUGUAUUCCGGGCGGGAUUCAGUCAGGAUACAGGGAAGCGCUGUUUCUCUCAUUCUUUCCAGUAGCUCGCUAACAGCCUAAAAUCGGAGUAUUUAUUCCCGUAUCAAAAUGGAAAGCGAGGUGUUUACACCUUUGUUGGAGCAAUUUAUGCUCACUCCGUUGGUCACUUGGGUGAAGACCUUCGGGCAGUUAGGUGAGAAAGACGGGAGCAAACUUUCAGAAUACAUCGAACUGGUGGACGGCAUCUAUUUAAACGAGAUUAUGCUGCAGAUAGACCCCACGGCCUCGGUGCAGAGGACCAAUAAGAGUGUGAACCACGACUCCACGCUGCGCAUCCAGAACCUCACGCUGCUCGUCCGACACGUCAAAGCGUACUACCAGGACGCACUGCAGCAGUUCAUCAUGAUGCCUCUGCCUGAUGUUCUGGUUCUGGGGCGGAACCCUCUCUGUGAGCAAGGCCUGGAGGAAAUGAAGAAAUUACUGCUGCUAUUACUGGCUGUGCGGUGCAGGUUCCGGGACGUCGGCUGUGAGGAGAAGGAGGAGUACAUCGACCGGAUCCAGACCUUAGACUUCCACACCAAGGCCGAGAUCGCCUCACACAUCCAGAGGUAA